UUAAUCGAUCAAAGCAAUGCAAUGAUCAGGGUAAGUAACAAAAGGUUAAAAGUCGAUGCAUUUGUGUGCUUGUUUUCUCUUUCUCAGAGCGAACAUCUCCAUCCAAUUUUACUCAUUUUACUUGCCAUCUCAAUUAUUUUAUAUACCUCAGCCGCCGAGCACAUCCAUCCAAAUUGCUCCUCUCCCUUUCUUGCUAGUUGGCGUUGCCGAAAUACUCACACCUCUUUUCAAAGAGAAAGAGAGGGAGAGAGAAAAGGAAAAAUUGUGACCCCUGUGUUCACAGGUAUAUGCAGAUGGAAAAGAAAGAACAACAUGAAGCAGGAGGAGCAGAAGAGGGAAAGCAUGCACUACUCCAGCUCUCUUAAUUUCUGCUGAUCUGACAAAGUUUUCGACUUCCAGAAGUAAACCAGCUGCCUCUGUACCUUAAGCGAGUGAAAGGGAGAGAUCGGGAGGAGGAGGAGGAGGAGGAGGAAGAGGAUAGAAUUUUUAAUUAAAAGAAGGGGGAGUUCAUGGAGGAGACGCUGAAGUGCCUCUCGUUGGACUACCUCAACUUGCUGAUCAACGGGCAGGCGUUCAGCGACGUUACCUUCAGCGUGGAGGGCCGCCUCGUCCACGCGCACCGCUGCAUCCUCGCCGCGCGCAGCCUCUUCUUCCGCCGCUUCUUCUGCGGCACCGACCCGCCCUCGCCGGGCCUGCUCUCGUCGCCGCGCCGCUCCGGCGCCGUGCCGACCGCCGUCAUCCCGGUGAACUCCGUCAGCUACGAGGUCUUCCUCCUCGUCCUCCAGUUCCUCUACAGCGGCCAGGCCUCCGUGGUGCCGCAGAAGCACGAGCCCCGGGCCAGCUGCGGCGAGCGCGGCUGCUGGCACGCCCACUGCACCGCCGCCGUCGACCUCGCCCUCGACACCCUCGCCGCCGCCCGAUCCUUCGGCGUCAAGCAACUCGAGCAGAUCACAGAGAAGCAAUUGGCGGGCAUGGUGGAGAAGGCGUCGAUCGAGGACGUGAUGAAGGUGCUGCUGGCGUCGCGGCAGCAGGAGACGCAGCAGCUGUGGAGCACCUGCUCCCACCUCGUCGCUAAGUCUGGUCUCCCGGCGGAGGUGCUCGCCAAACACCUCCCCAUCGACGUGGUGGCUCAGAUCGAGCAGCUCCGCCUCAAGUCCUCCCUCUCCCGCCGCCCCUCCUUCAUCCAGCACCACCAGCUCGACCUCGGCGGGCCCUCCGUCGACGUCGAGGACCAUCGCCACAAGAUCCGCCGCAUGCGUCGCGCCCUCGAUUCCUCCGACGUCGAGCUCGUCAAGCUGAUGGUCAUGGGCGAGGGGCUCAACCUCGACGAGGCGCUGGCGCUCCAUUACGCGGUCGAGAACUGCAGCCGGGAGGUCGUCAAGGCGCUCCUCGAGCUCGGCGCGGCAGACGUCAACUGCCCCGCCGGCCCCGCCGGGAAGACCCCUCUCCACGUCGCGGCCGAGAUGGUCUGCCCCGACAUGGUCGCCGUGCUCCUCGACCACCACGCCGACCCUAACGUGCGGAAUCAUCCAAUGAAUAAAGGCAUAAACGUGGGUCUUACAUCAAAAUCAUUCCACAACUACUCCCUAAUCCUAGAACAAGGAAUCUACUCCAUAGACGCUGGAGAAAAACCUGAAGAUAUAAUGUAAUUAAGCAUGCAAUUCUCAAACAAGAAGAGAGAAAGAGAAAGGAUGUUUAUCCAACGA